UCAGUUCAGCGAAAGAAACAAGAAACUUCCUCUUCCUCUCACCGCCGUUGAAUUCUCUUUAUAUAUACAACACAAUAAGCUUUUUCUCUUCCCCGCAUCGCAAACUAUUCACUCUCCUUGGUUCGUUUCCAUCAAGUCUCAUCUUCAAAAACACUCAUCAACAUGAGCUACUACGAUCACCAGCAACAGCCUCCAGUUGGGGUUCCUCCCCCACAAGGGUAUCCAGGAAAGGAUCCUUAUCCCCCACCAGGCUACCCAGCUCAAGGUUACCCUCCUGCAGGCUACCCUCCACCAGGCUACCCUCCACAAGGCUAUGCUCCUCAGUUCCAACAACCUCCUCCUAGGCAAGAAACCGGUUUUCUUGAAGGAUGUUUGGCCGCACUCUGCUGUUGCUGUUUACUUGAUGCUUGCUUUUAGGUCCUGAAGACAUGAUUGGUUGCUGAUGAGGUGUCAUUGUGGGAGGCGUAUUCUGAGUUCUGGUUUAUAUAUGUUCUGUUAAUUUAAUAUUAGAUUGGUGUCGAUGAUUACUGUAUUAAUGAUUACUGUAUUUACACGUGUUAAUUAACGGAUUCAUUCUUAGCAUA